UUUCUUUCAAAGGACAGACAGGGGAUUACAUCUGCUGCUUUACUUCUUCGGAAACAGACCAUAAAGAAUAGGAAUCUACAGCAAUGCAGGCUGUAGUUGUGGUGAUGUGUAUGAGUGCAGUCCUCCCAGUCAGCAGUUGGAACCCACAGCUGGAUGAGCACUGGGAGCUGUGGAAGAGCAUUUACAAUAAAACCUAUGAUCAGAAGGAUGAGAUCUUUAGGCGAAUGGUGUGGGAGAAGAACUUGAAGAAGAUUCAGUUCCACAACCUGGAGCACUCCAUGGGGAAACACAGCCACCGCCAGGGCAUGAACCAAUUUGGAGACAUGACCAAUGAAGAGUUUGUUCAGGUCAUGAAUAGCUACCAACCCCAAACUGAGGGAAAGCUUAAGAAGUCUCUAUUUGUGAAGCCCAACUUCCUGGAAGUCCCUAAUGCUGUGGACUGGAGGGAAAAAGGCUACGUCACUCAUGUCAAAAAUCAGGGUCACUGUGGCUCCUGUUGGGCUUUUGGUGCCAUUGGGUCUCUGGAGGGCCAACAGUUCAGGAAAACAGGUCGACUUGUGUCACUGAGUGAGCAGAACCUGAUGGACUGCUCCAGACCCCAAGGCAACAGGGGCUGUGAUGGUGGUUGGAUGGACAUGGCUUUCCAGUAUGUUAAGUCCAAUGGGGGUCUAGACUCAGAGGAAUCCUACCCGUAUGUUGGUAAAGACCAGAUCUGCCAGUAUGACCCCAGGUACAACUCUGUCAACGUCACAGGGAUUAUUGAUAUUUCCAGAGGCAGUGAACGAUCCCUGAUGGAGGCCGUGGCUGCUGUUGGGCCAGUUUCUGUUACCAUUGAUGCUAGUCAGUCUUCUUUUCAGUUUUACCAAUCAGGCGUCUACUAUGAAAAGCUUUGCAGCACCUCCAAGCAUAACCAUGGUGUGGUGGUUGUUGGUUAUGGUUUCCAAAAAACCCGUGAUUCUGUUGAAAACUACUGGAUUGUCAAAAACAGCUGGGGCUCAGGGUGGGGAAACAAUGGCUACAUCUACAUGGCUAAAGACAGAAAGAACAACUGUGGCAUUGCAUCCCAUGCCAGCUAUCCUCUGGUCUGAGAUGUUUUACUCCAAUAUCAUGCAGUGGAGAAAUGGAAAUCAGCUUUAUCCUGACUUCUGCGUUAAUAUGAGCAUUUCCAAAGUUUUAUGACCAGUGAAAAUAGGCUUUUAUGCAAAUACUGUAUAGAUAAGCAUAGUCAUGGGGCUUAAAACAUCUUAAACU